ACGCAUUUCAGUGUACUUCUUACUUACAAAAUCACUUGCUGAUGCAUCUCGAUUACAAUGGGCGGAAAUUCGAAGGUUACAUACGUUAGAGUGUUCAUCGGACAUGAAUCGUUUGCACUGGAAAAGCCGAUGCCAAACAAUCACCGAUUCAGAUGGAUCCUGUUUGUGCGUCCCAUAGUUGGCAAUAAAUUCACGGAUAGGAGUUUUUUGAGCAAGGUGGAGGUCGAGCUGCACCCCACUUUUACAAAUCCAUAUCGAGUUUUGAAAGAACCACCAUUUGAAUUGGAAGAGACUGGCUAUGCGUCUUUCACACCGAAGCUCACAAUCUACUUCAAUACCCCUCAUGCGAAGCCAUAUCCUGUACAAUAUGAUAUGAAUCUCAAGCUAGAAGCUCAUGCAUUCCACCAACAAGAGUUGACAUUUGCCAUGACGGAUGUUCCCGCCUCCUUCCUUGAAUUGGUAAAACGAUUUUGUGGCUCUUCUGAUGGAAAAAGAAAAAAGCGAGAGGCUGACGGGUCAUCAAACAAGCCUAAAAAAUCGAAACCGAACGAAGGAAGGCAUGAGGUGCCCAUGAAAGAAGUCAAGGAAGAGAAGAAAAAGGAGAAGAACCGGGAGAAGGAGAAACACAAGGAGAAAAAGCGUAAAAGAUCUUCUAAAGAUUCUAGUGACAGCACAGAUCGCGAACUGGUACCGAUACGUGACUCCUCACCCAGUCCUUCACCUAUGGACACUUCAUUACUGCAACGUAGCACGGUCACACCGCAAAGGCCGGUAAAGGUGGCUCCUACAAAAACCGAAGAUCGGGGACAAGACAGCUCGAGCGAUUCGUCAUCGCUGUCUGAAUCAUCGCCAUCUUCGUCAUCGUCCGUCGGAGCAUCUAGUCCACCAUCUCGUGCACGAACACUUCCACUAAGUGAAUUACAUCGCCGGUUGACGUCACUUACCGAUGAAAAUGUCAUAUUUCGGGUAGCUGAAAUCUUACUUACGCAUCCAACAGCAUCAACGAUGUUGCUGCCAUCGCGACCAAGUAUCUCGUUUGAUCUCACUUCUGCUGAUGCUGCCCUCGUUGCAAAACUCAGCCAUGCACUUACGAGUUGAUCGGCGUGAUAUGUAUGAAAAAUCGAAUAUUCUGAUAGUUCAUAUGUGAUGCAACAGUGCCGAUUCGUUUUAUUCAUGUUUCCUAGUGUGAAUUGUAUAUUAUUGUUACACCGUCUUAUAUGCGACGCGUAGAUUCAAAUUAUGUUCUGCUGUUCAAUCUCUAUACUUGGAAUCUUUGGAUGCGAAUAUUUUCGUGCCAAACACCAUCUGUUAUACUAAUAAUAUUGAUCUUAUGUGAUUAUAUUAACUUGAUUUUAUUGUUGUGUUUUUGCAGUUUUUUGUACCAUUUUCAUAACCUAAGUACAUCAUGCCGAACAGUGCGUUUAUAGCGUGUGACAAACGGGAACAAGUACAAACACGUACAUUUCCGGCAGUCUGCUAAACUUGUAUCGCUGCGCAACCGCACGCCUAUGCCAAUCAAUACGGGAUGCGUUGGGCUGUGUUCAUAUUAGCGUUCCAGCCAGCGCUCAGACUUGUGCCGGAACCAUGCCGCAUUCGCCGUACAAGGAAGUGAACGGCGGAAAAUAGCAACUUUUGACUGUUUUCGACUGUUUUCGUAGUAAAUCCCUCUCGUUUUCGUCCCAAU